AUGGUGGAGCACAAACAAUUGCUGACCUCUGGGGCGACCGAGGCAGUUACUGCCGCUGUCUUUACACAGAGUGUACCCGGACCUGGAGGUUUGCUCGAGACCGAUGAGAACAUGCUGUCUGUAUUCAAGGAUCGGACACCUUCCCACGAAGGAUCUGCUGGUGCCCCUGACUCCUCUUGCCAUGAGACACCACCCUCAGCAGAUAAAGACGCGGCAUCAACUCAGCUAUCAAAAGAUGCGGCUCACCAGCCGCCGGUAGCAGAACCAGGAGAAGCAGCAACGAAGAAUGAGAGUGAGGAGGUUCAAAACGAGGAGCUGAGGCCUUCGGCAGAUUACUCGCUUGUGGCUAAUGGAUUGGUGGACAUGGCCUACGAGGCCUUUGAGGCGGCACGUCCUGUCGAGGAGCUGCCACCUCCUGCAGUGGGCGAGUGGGUGGAAAGCAAAGCGGCUCACCAGGACGCUCAGAUAUUUAGGGCGAAAGUAGUUGAGCGAUUCAGACACCCUGAGCACCGUUGGGUCUUCCGGCUCCGGUCACCUGAAAUGGCUUCUUGUUACGUCGAGCCUCUGAAGCGGAAGGCUCGCCGCCUAAGCCAGGGCAGACGUAGUGUUGGCCGAUCCCCUGGAGCACAGCGCCAGCAACCCGUAAGUCUGGCGGCUUGGGCCCAGUGUGGAGGCACACACAGCGAAGCGGCUCGACGAAAGUCAGCCCCAAGCCACUCUCAAGGUCCAGGGGGCCCCCGUGGGGCCCCCGUGCCUGCUGGAGGAGAGCACUCCAACAAGCACCCAGUUACAUCUUCAGCUGCUGCCUGCUCCGCCAUGCAGCCGCUGGAGAGGCCCGUAGCGGCCCCCACCGCCGUUGGUGGUCUUCCCGCUCAGCAAACAGGACAGCUCGAAGCACAGCAGGAACCUCAGCAGGGGGGAGUAGUGGAGCUUCCUUCUUCAGGCGUAUUACCGGCUUUAACAUUGCAGCAAGAGGGCAGGAAACGGCGGUCUUUGCCCGCGUAUAACCACUUUUCAAAACUCCUUGCUCGGUGCAACUUGGCCCCCCACAAAACAGCUGCUGGCGCCGUUCCCUUACCUGCUGCAUCUGCUACAGUAGAGCCUGCUUUCCCAGCCUCUACUGUCAGCCCGGUCGGUGCUUCUCCUUGCGCGGCUGCUGCGCUGGCAGUUGCUCCAGCUGCUCCUCCCGAUGGGGCAGUGCGCUCUAAGACUGAGGUGGUGGCUACGGAUCCCCCAGAAGCCGCAGCAGCCGUUACCACGAACGAGGCUACCGCUGCAACAGGCGCAUUGGCGGAAGCAUCAGACGUUUCUGAGGAUUCCCAGCGGGAGGCUAUGUGCUCAGCUGCGAAAGUAGAGGAACCCGUGGACGAGGAAGCUGCCAAGUCCGUUAUUGAACCGGCACCAGAGGCGUCAAGUGCAGAAGCAAGCUCAGCAGACAGCGAUGCAUGCCGUCCCAGUUGCCCCACAGCCCCGCCUAGUGAGCAGACUUAA